GCUUCAUCCCCAUUACUAAAAGAGGGAUAUUAUUCUCCGCAUUUAUAAAGUAAUUAAGUUGACGCUCUCCCACUGCAUGUGGCUUUUCGUCUUUCUCAGACACACCACGAGUUUCAAUCCUCAAUCCAAUUCAUCUCUUUCUGAAUCUGCAACUCUUUCGUCUACAAUUCUGAUUCUUCUAAUCUGUUGAUCACACAAUAUAUAUGGCUCUCGAAACAUGGCUAAUCAAAGUCAAAAAAACCAUAUCACAAAGCUUCGAUUCAGUUCGAGCUACCCCACCACCCAAAACUCCGGUAAUCAAGAGAUCAAGAGUCGGAGUUUUAGCAUUUGAGAUCGCCGGAAUCAUGCCGAAGCUCACCCACAUGUGGCGGUUUCUCUCCGACGAAAACAUCGCUCAUCUUCACAACGAAUCCAUAUGCCUAGAAGGUGUUCGAAAAAUUGUCUCAGACGAUGAUCAUUUUCUUCUCGGCUUAGCCUGUGCAGAGAUCGUUGAGAAUCUCAGAGUUCUCGCGAAAUCCGUCUCCCGGAUAAGCAAAAGGUGCGACGACGCCAUUCUCAGAACCUUCGAAACCCUGUUUGAUGAGUUUGCGAACUCGGAUCACGAUCGUUAUAAUUGGACUCUAAACUCGAAAGAAAUGGAAGCUAAGAUUAAGAAGAUGGAGAGAUACGUAACAGCUACAGCUAUACUUUACAGAGAGAUCGAUAAUCUAACUGUCAUCGAGAAUAAUUUGAAGAAAUCAUUGACAAACAGUAAAAAGGAUAAUCAUGAACAGGUGUCUUCAAAGCAACAGAAGAUUCUCGAUCUACAACAAAAGCUCCUUUGGCAACGACAAGAGAUCAAGUACGUAAAAGAGAAAUCUCUAUGGAACAGAAGUUUCGAUUCAGUAACUUCAUUACUUGCCACAUCAAUCUUCACAAUUCUUUCACGAAUCAAAUUUCUCUUCCAAAUCACUUCCCACUCAUCUGAUCAAAUCUCGAAUUCUUCUUUUUUUGAAACAAACACAAAGAUCUUAAAACCAUCACCGAACACAUUAGGAUCUGCUGCUUUAGGGUUACAUUAUGCGAAUUUGAUUGUUGUGAUGGAGAAGAUGAUUAGGUCACCUCAAUUAGUCGGAUUUGAUGCAAGAGAUGAUUUGUAUUCAAUGUUACCUAAUAGCAUACGAUUGUUAUUAAGGCAUCGAUUGAAAGGAAUUGGGUUUACAGCAAGCGAUCCAGUUCUUGCAGGUGAAUGGAGAGAAGCUUUAGGGAAGAUAUUGGGGUGGUUGUCGCCAUUAGCGCAUAACAUGAUCAAAUGGCAAAGUGAAAGAAGCUUUGAACGUCAGAAUUUGAUGCCAAAAACGAAUGUUCUUCUUCUUCAAACGUUGUUUUUUGCUAAUCAAGAGAAAACGGAAGCUGCAAUUACUGAACUUUUGGUUGGAUUGAAUUAUAUUUGGAGAUUUGAAAGAGAGAUGAAUGCGAAGGUGUUGUUUAAUUGUACAAAUUUCAAUUCGUUCAAGAAUCAAGAGGAUACAAGUUAAGUAUACCCUUUUUCUCUUUUUAUUUUUUUUCCCUUUAUGUUUACUUUUGUAGAUUAGUGCAAACUACAAAGAUCUGUUUUUGAUCUGUUAAAUGUACUACUAAUGUUUUUAAAUGAUAUAUGAUUGAGUCAAUUUUACGUAAAGUAAUCAAAUUGGAAUUGAUAAAAUUUAUGGAUGAUAUUGCUGUA